AUGGCAACAUACAUCAACACACGAAUCUUCCAAUCUAUCAUACACUCAGAUCCUCAACAAUUACUCAUCACAACAUCUCUACCUUCAACAACAAACACAUUUCAUCUGAUAUUUACAUUCAAACAAGCUAUACAGUUCAAAAUCGAUUAUGGUAGUUAUAUAUCUCACCCACACCCUCACCCUCAAGAUAAUUCUCGGGCUGGGCCAGUGCUCCUUUUCAAAAGAAAAGGUCAUGUAUCAUCUUUUGAAAAAAGUCAAUACGCACAAGGGGUAACUGUAUACUUCACACCAAAAGGUGUAAUAAACGGUGCAACUAUGAAACGGUAUCUGGACUUUUGGUAUUCUAAAGUGAAGGAUAAUCAUCCUAAAUUGUUAACCACCGACAGUUGCACAUCUCAUCUUGGAAAUCAUCUAAUCAACGUACUUGAUGUGUCAAUUUUUUCGGUCUUCAAGAAUAACUAUAAUAAUAUUGUCGAAGAUUACAUUGAAAAGCAUGGACCAAGAUCUCAUAUAAAACUUACAGCGUCACAAGCACGCGUUUUAUGCACUAAUCUCACAUGGGCUGCAUGGGAACGUACAUUAGCAAAUGUUGACAUAGCCAAAGCUUUUCGUGAUAUUGGAUAA